AUGCAGUCCGUCCUCGCCCGCGCGCUCACGCGCGUCGCGCCAGUGAACGUCGCCGCCGCGCGCAAGGCGUCGUUCGUCGCCCCUCGCGCCGCGUUCCUUCGCGCCCAUUGCACCCCGCGCCGAUCCCCGAUCGCGCCCGCCGCGACGCGAUUCUUCGCCGCCGCCGCGAGCGGCGACGUCGUCGUCGAGAAGGGCGACAAGGUCGCGAUCCACUACGUCGGCACCCUGGACGACGGCGAGGAGUUCGACUCCUCGCGAGCGGAAGGCCGCGAGCCGAUCGCGUUCACCGUCGGCGGCGGGAUGAUGAUCCCGGGGUUCGACAAGGGCGUGCUCGGGAUGAAGCAGGGCGAGACCAAGACGCUCAAGUGCGCCCCCGCGGACGCCUACGGCGAACGCGACGACGCCAACAAGAUGAACGUCCCGAAGGCGGAGGUCGUCAACGCCGUCGGCGAGGAGUACGCCGUCGUCGGCAGCAAGCUCAUGGUCGGCCAGGGCAUGCAGGCGACCAUCACGGAGGUCACCGACGACGAGGUCGUCCUCGACUGCAACCACCCGCUCGCGGGGCAGACGUUGAACUUCGACAUCGAGGUGAUGUCCAUCGAGCGCAUCGACGUGAAGCACAAGGACAAGUUCAAGUGCUUCUUCGACAUCGACAUCGGCGGCGAGGCUGCGGGGAAGAUCGUCAUGGAGAUCCGCGGCGACGUCACGCCCAAGACGGCGGAGAACUUCCGCGCGCUGUGCACGAUGGAGAAGGGGUUCGGGUACAAGGGCUCGCCGUUCCACCGCGUGAUCCCGGGCUUCAUGUGCCAGGGCGGCGACUUCACGAACCAGAACGGCACGGGCGGGAAGAGCAUCUUCGGCGAGAAGUUCGAGGACGAGAACUUCGUGCUCAAGCACGAGGGCGAGGGCAUUCUCUCCAUGGCCAACGCGGGACCGGGGACCAACGGCUCGCAGUUUUUCCUGUGCACCGCGGAGACGCCGUGGCUCGACGGGAAGCACGUCGUCUUCGGUAAGGUGAUCGAGGGCAUGGACGUGGUCAAGGCGGUCGAGGCGGUCGGAUCGCAGAGCGGGGCGACGUCCAAGCCCGUCUCCGUCGUCGACUGCGGCGAGAUGUGA